CCUGCCCAGCAGGAGCACGUUCCCUUUCGCCAUUGGAGGACUUUGAGUUCCAAGCUUUUUCCUGCUCACAUAGAGCCGUGUCUGCCCCGCCCGCCACCCCCUGUACAUUUUCGGAGAUUUAGGAUAGUAAUUCUAGACCCUCGGUUGCAUUUCUGUUGGAAUUUUUCUGGAAGUUGGAAUCUGGCAGUUUAAACAAAGAAUUUUUUUAAGAAAAAUAUUUAUUAGUAUAUUUGAUAGUCCCCAGAUGAGGUUAAAAGCCUUAUUCCCAAUAACUGUAAUUUUGCAAAGACAUGUUUUUGGUGUAAAAAAGUAUAGAUAUGGGUUGAUGAAAAGAAUCAAACUGUGAAAAAUGUUUCAAGAGAUUUACUUUGAGCCAGAUACAAGUGACCAUGGCCAGUGACAGUCCUCAGGAGGUCCUGAGAACAUGUGCCCAAGGAAGUUGGGGUACAGCUUGGUUUUAUCUAUUUUAGGAAGGCGUGAGACAUCAAUCAAAUACAUUUAAGAAAUACAUUGGUUUGGUUUAGAAAGGCGGGACAACUCAAAGCCGGGGGCUUCCAGGCUAUCGGUAAAUGUAAACCUUGUCUGGUUGACGGUUGAGGUUAUCUAAAGACCUGGGAUCCAUAAAAAGGAAUGUUCAGGCUAGAGAUAAAGGAUUGUGGAGACCAAGUUUUAUUGUGCAGAGGAAGCUCUUGGAUAGACUUUAGAGAGAGCAGGUUGUAAAUUGUUUUAUAUUGGACUUAAAAGGGUGCCUGGCUCUUAGUUGAUUAUCUCCUGGAUCUGGGAGGGAAGGAAGGAAAACAGAGAAGGGAAUUCUCACCAAAUGCAGAUUUUUCCUGCAAGAGACUUUGCAGGGGAGUUUUAAGAAUAUUGAAGGAUGUUUGUUCCAAGAUCUCUAAAAAUCAAGAGGAAUGCUAAUGAUGAUGGCAAAAGUUGUGUGGCUAAGAUAAUUAAACCAGACCCAGAAGACCUUCAGUUGGACAAAAGCAGAGAUGUUCCCGUUGAUGCUCUAGUUACAGAAGCAGCCACAACAGAUAGGCACGUCAGCGAAUCAUGCCCUUUCCCCAGCCCAGGUGGCCAGUUGGCAGAGGUUCAUUCAGUAAGUCCCGAGCAGGGUGCGAAGGACAACUAUCCUUCUGAAGAACCUGUUAAGUCAUUUUCCAAAACACAGCGCUGGGCAGAACCGGGGGAACCCGUGUGUGUUGUCUGUGGUCGUUAUGGAGAGUAUAUCUGUGAUAAGACAGAUGAAGAUGUGUGUAGUUUGGAGUGUAAAGCGAAACAUCUGCAAGUUAAGGAAAAGGAAGAGAAAUCAAAACUCAGCAAUCCACAGAAGGCUGAUUCUGAGCCAGAGUCUCCACUGAAUGCUUCCUAUGUCUACAAAGAGCACCCCUUUAUUUUGAACCUUCAGGAAGACCAGAUUGAAAAUCUUAAACAGCAGCUGGGAAUUUUAGUUCAAGGGCAAGAAGUCACUAGGCCCAUUAUUGACUUUGAACAUUGUAGUCUCCCUGAGGUCUUAAAUCACAACUUGAAGAAAUCAGGCUAUGAGGUGCCAACCCCCAUUCAAAUGCAGAUGAUUCCUGUGGGACUUCUGGGAAGAGACAUUCUGGCCAGUGCAGAUACUGGCUCAGGAAAAACAGCUGCCUUUCUUCUUCCUGUUAUCAUGCGAGCUUUAUUCGAGAGCAAAACUCCAUCUGCGCUCAUUCUUACACCAACCAGAGAGUUAGCCAUUCAGAUAGAGAGACAAGCUAAAGAAUUGAUGAGUGGCCUGCCACGCAUGAAAACUGUGCUUCUCGUAGGGGGCUUACCCUUACCCCCACAGCUUUAUCGUCUGCAACAACAUGUUAAGGUUAUCAUAGCAACCCCUGGGCGACUUCUGGAUAUAAUAAAGCAGAGCUCUGUAGAACUCUGUGGUGUAAAGAUUGUGGUAGUAGAUGAAGCUGAUACCAUGUUAAAGAUGGGCUUUCAACAACAAGUGCUUGACAUUUUGGAAAACAUUCCUAAUGAUUGUCAGACCAUUUUGGUUUCAGCCACAAUUCCAACUAGCAUAGAACAACUAGCAAGCCAGCUUCUGCAUAAUCCUGUGAGAAUUAUCACUGGAGAAAAGAACCUACCUUGUGCCAAUGUACGUCAGAUUAUUCUGUGGGUAGAAGACCCAGCCAAAAAGAAAAAAUUAUUUGAAAUUUUAAAUGAUAAGAAACUCUUUAAGCCUCCAGUGUUAGUAUUUGUGGACUGCAAACUAGGAGCAGAUCUUUUGAGUGAAGCCGUUGAGAAAAUCACAGGGCUGAAAAGCAUAUCUAUACAUUCAGAGAAGUCGCAAAUAGAAAGGAAAAACAUAUUGAAGGGAUUACUCGAAGGAGACUAUGAAGUUGUAGUGAGCACAGGAGUCUUGGGACGAGGCCUAGACUUGAUCAGUGUCAGGCUGGUUGUCAAUUUUGAUAUGCCUUCAAGUAUGGACGAGUAUGUCCAUCAGAUUGGAAGAGUAGGAAGAUUAGGUCAAAAUGGAACAGCGAUUACUUUCAUCAAUAAUAAUUCAAAAAGACUCUUCUGGGAUAUUGCAAAACGAGUAAAGCCCACAGGAUCCAUUCUUCCCCCUCAGUUAUUAAAUUCCCCAUACCUUCAUGACCAGAAGAGAAAGGAACAACAGAAAGAUAAACAGACACAGAAUGAUCUGGUUACAGGAGCUAAUCUUAUGGAUAUUAUCAGAAAACAUGAUAAAAGUAAUUCUCAGAAAUGAUUUUCUCUGCCACUUGAAUAAUUUUUUUUAUUGUACAUAGUCAGCAAAAAAUUGUUAUUUUAUGGUUUGCAUAAAUGGAAAUGUACAUGAAUUUAAAAAAUAUUUAAGAUAUUUUUAAUUUAAUAAAAUGUAUAUAACUAUAUUGUAUUUAUUUCCCUUAAUUCUUAUAAAUUAAAAACAUCAGAAAAUGAAUUAUUAAAUAAAAUACAGUUUUUUCUCUUCUGGA